UUAUUCAGCAGGCUGACAGUUGAUUUUAAGGCAUGUUCGCUUCCUAUCAUAAAAUUUUCCGAAUGAAAUUUCUAGUGGUUACACUAUUCAUUACAUUGCAUACCGCCUCCGCUUACUAUAAAGCUGAGGGCAUAAAAUCUUUUCCUGUUUGCGGAAACUGUUCACAUAUAAACAACUUUCACAUCAAUCCGGGAUUCAUUUGCCAUUACGAAGACGAAAAGGCAAUUUCAAGGAAUUAUGAAUUAGAUGAGAAUCUUUAUGCAAAAUGUGUGCCAAAUUCAUAUGUGGUAACCCGUGCCAUAGAUAAGUUUUGCUGCUUCUGGUCACCGGAACUGGGAUGUUCGGUCCUCAUUGGAAGGCGAUUGUACGACAAAAAGCUUGACUACUGCGCAAUUUGCAAACGAUAUUGCACGGGAUCGUCGGAAUAUGUUUUUGUCAAGGCUGGGAGUAUUCAAAUCUUGGGAUAUGGAUUUCUAUUUCCUUUGAUGGCUUUGUUAGCAUUGGUUCUGGGAUGACAUUUUAAAAACAUUAUUAAAAUUUCAUCCCAGAAUCGGCUAAACAAUACCAUUAUACUAUUGCUGUACGAAAAAAUGUUUGAAAAAAUAUGUAAGAAACCUAGGUUAUAUCUCUCAAAAAUUUUCAAGUUGAUAAUUCAAAUUUUAAUAAAUGAAAUUGCUACUA